UCUUCUACGUAACAAAGCUCUUCCAUUGCAAAAAAAAAAAAAAAAAAUCAAUUCCCUAAACGUUUUUCAGCUGUUACGACCAUUAAUGGGAAACGCUCACGGCCACCGCAAACACCGCAAUGACCACCAUCAUCCAACAACUCCCACCCCUCCUUACUAUAUAUCUCCCCAACUGAAAGCCCCAACCCCACAUGGCUCACUCUUUGCCUUAUGUUCAUGUCGACUCUACUCUUCGAGCUCUCGCCGGCCAAGCUGAGGGCUUUGGCCGCUUUUCCAUUGGUGGCCUGCAAGGUUCUCUCUACCAUGUCACCACUUUAGCAGAUGAUGAACCGGGAUCGUUGCGCGAUGGUUGUCGUCGAAAAGAGCCCCUUUGGAUCGUUUUCGAAUUUUCCGGAACCAUUCAUCUUUCGUCUUACUUGAGUGCAUCAUCGUAUAAGAUCAUCGAUGGACGUGGCCAACAGAUAAAACUCACCGGCAAAGGUCUGAGGCUGAAGGAGUGUGAACAUGUUAUCGUGUGCAAUUUGGAGUUUGAAGGUGGUAGAGGUCCGGAUGUUGAUGGGAUCCAAAUAAAACCCAACUCCAAGCACAUUUGGAUAGACCGUUGCAGCCUUCGUGAUUAUGACGAUGGAUUGAUCGACAUCACCCGAGGAAGCACCGAUAUUACUGUUUCCAGGUGUCACUUCUCACAGCACGACAAGACAAUGCUAAUCGGAGCAGACCCGUCUCAUAUUGGUGAUAGGUGUAUCCGGAUAACUAUUCACCACUGCUUUUUUGAUGGAACUCGGCAACACCAUCCUCGUGUUAGAUACGGGAAGGUACAUUUGUACAAUAAUAGAAAAUAGGGCAUUUAUGCUGUUUGUGCCAGUGUGGAAUCACAGAUAUACUCUCAGUGCAAUAUAUACGAAGCAGGGCAGAAGAAGGUGGCUUUAAAGUAUCUUCACGAAAGGCUGCCGACAAGGAUGAUGCUUGCACCGGCUGCAUAAGGUCAGAAGGGGAUUUUAUAUCAGGAACCCAAGCAGGGUUGAUGACUGAGAAUGUUAUGUCUGACGUGUUUCAUCCAAGUGAAUACUACCUUACAUGGACAGUGCAACCCGCUACAGAAGCUCUUAAACAUGUCGUAAAGCACUGUACCGGAUGGCAGUCUGUUCCUCGACCUGCUGAAGCAGCCUCGUAGCUGCACUCUUUUAUGAUACCUACUGCAAUUAUUGUUGCACUGCGUAAAUAGAACUCAUGAUAUAUUUCUUUACAAACAUUAGACAUAAUC